AUGGCUGAACAAAGAACACUAAGGCAGCUUGCUGCUCCUGAUGUCAAUUACAAUGGUCUAUGCAUUCAAUAUACUGACGUUGAUAUUCCUUUUGAAUUGAAAUCUGGUUUGAUACAUUUGUUGCCCAAGUUUCAUGGUCUUGCAGGUGAGGAUCCGCAUAAGCAUUUGAAGGAAUUUCAGGUAGUUUGUUCUACACCAUUGAGGCCUGAAGGUAUCACGGAAGACCACAUCAAGUUGAGAGCCUUUCCAUUCUCGUUACAAGGUGCUGCUAAAGACUGGCUCUACUACCUUGAGCCAAAUUCUGUUUCAACUUGGAAUGAUCUGAAGAAGGUCUUUCUAGAGAGAUACUUUCCCGCUUCUAGAGCAGCAUCAAUCAGAAAAGAAAUAUGCGGGUUGCUACCAAUGGAUCGAAACAUUUUGGAUGCUGCAAGUGGUGGAGCACUUAUUGAUAAAACUCCAGCUGCUGCAAAGGCCUUGAUCGAAAACAUGUCACUCAACUCGCAACAGUUUACAACUAGAAAUAAUUCUGCAAGUGUGAAUGAGAUUCAGUCUUCCUCUUCCUCCAUCAAGGCGCUCGAAACCAAGUUUGAUGCUAGAAUUGAUGAACUUACUUCCUUGGUGAAAAAGUUGGCAGUUACAAAAGCUCAACCAGCAAAAGUGUGUGGUAUUUGUACUUCUUCUGAGCACCAGACUGAUACAUGCCCCAUUCUACAAGAUGAAACAAUAACUGAGCUUCCUCAAGCAUAUGCAGCAGCAGCCCUUUACAAUCAAAACAGGUACAACAAUCCUGACCACUCCACCAACAAAUAUCACCCUAGUUGGAGGAAUCAUCAAAACCUCCAAUAUGGGAAUCAGUCACAAGCUGCAGCCCCUGCUGCCCCACCAGCCACUUCUUCACUGGAAGACCUUGUCAAGCAACUGGCACAACGAACAGAUGCUAGCAUUCAGAACCUGACAACGCAGAUGGGACAAAUGGCCAAUGCAAUAGGCCAACUACAAGCUCAAGGCUCGGGUAACCUUCCUGCACAAACAGUGCCGAAUCCGAAUGUGAAUGUGAGUGCAAUUACUUUGAGAUCCGGAAGAGUGUCAGAACCAGCUCCAGAGAAAAAGAAGAAGAAAACCGUUGCAUCAUCAUCUGCUCCUGAACCUCCUUCUGUUACAAUUGAGACCGAACCCGAAAAAGAAAGAAUUCCUAAAUAUGCAAAAUUCCUGAAAGACUUGUGCACACACAAGAGGAAGUUGAAGGAAAAUGAGAGAAUCAGUUUGGGACGAAAUGUUUCUGCUUUCAUUCAGCCCAAAACUGGUUCCUCAGCUAAUGUCUCAGUUAUCAGUCAGACCAUGCCAGAAAAGUGUGAUGAUCCAGGAGUUUUUGCUAUUCCCUGUUCCAUUGGGGAUCGCAAGUUUGAAAAUUGUAUGCUUGAUCUGGGAGCAGGUAUUAAUGUUAUGCCUACUUCUAUUUAUAAUAACCUUGAUCUUGGUCCUUUGCAGCCUGCAGGUUUAAUCGUGCAAUUAGCAAAUAGGAGCAAUGCCCGCCCUGCUGGGAAGGUAGAAGAUGUCCUGGUGCAAGUUAAUGACUUGAUUCUUCCUGCAGAUUUCUACAUUCUAGACAUGGAGGGCGAAACUAAUUCCAGCAGGGCACCCAUCAUUCUAGGCCGACCAUUCAUGAGAACGGCAAGAACAAAAGUUGAUGUUUAUGAUGGAACUAUGUCCAUGGAGUUUGGCGACAUUGUCGCUAAGUUUAACAUUUUUGAUGCCAUGAAACAUCCCGUGGAAGAACAUUCUGUUUUUUAUAUGGAUUUAGUUACUAACACUAACCUUUGCUCUGUUUGUGCUAAGAUUGAAUCUGAUUUGCAGGAUAAUAACAUUCAUACAGGUGAAGUUGUUGUCAAUGAGGCGGUCUGUACGGUUAAAGUUCUUGACAUUCCGGCUGCCCCAACCAAACACUCCCAUGAUAAAGAAAAGACUACGCACUUCCAUGAUAAGAUGAUUUCCAAAAAGAAAUUUUUUGUUGGCCAAAAAGUCUUGCUGUUUAAGUCUCGCCUGAAAGAUAUGAAAUUAAAAGUACAGGUACUGGCAAGGUUUUCAAAGCAAAAGGACAGCGGUUGA